AUGGCAGCCCAAGCUCCCUCUCGGCAAACGUGCCAGGACACCUUCGAGUCCGCCGUCGCCAUGAGCCUCCAUCUCUGGCAGCCCCUCUCCUUUGCGGUCGAGUCCAACCUCGGCGGCGGCGACGGCGCCGACAAGCGCGAUUGGUUCGCCGGCGCCAUUGCCGAGCUCUUUGAAGACGCGUGGACCAGCGCGCCCCUCUCGUCCAGCACCACCUCGACCGUGGCCGAAGACCUGCUGAUGGACACCGAGAGCCGCCUGCUCCAGAUCAUGGACGACGAGUUUGACACUGUCGUCGACGACGGCAGCGCCUACGACGUGGCCAGCAGCAUCGUGCAGCUGUGGACGCAGUGCCGGCGGGGCCAGUUUGCGGGCAGCGAGGCGCUGCGGCAGAAAUUUGAGGCGUCGCAGGGCAAGUCGGUGCGGGGCGCAUUCCAUGCCGGCAAGGCCCCCGACGCGGACACGGCAUGGCAGACGGACGAUGAGGACGACGACGACGACGAGGACGACGAGGGGGACGAGGACGACAGCAGAGACGACGAUGCGGGCGGUGACGUCAAUAUGGACGAGGCCCCGGCUCUGGUGGACGGCCCGGCGACACGGUCCAAGCCAGAACCCGAGGUGGACGAGGACGGCUUCACCACAGUGACGAGAAAGAAGAGGUGA